AUGUUAGACUACAAGGACAAUCAAGAUGGCUCCAGUCACUGGCAGAGGCCCGGGAAGGAGCCGAAAGCUGAUCUCCCCUUCUUUCACCCCCGUGCUCCUUCCGCCGAGGUGGAGAUGACGUCCUACGUGCUCCUCGCUUACCUCACCACUCAGCCGGUGCCAUCCCAAGACGACCUGUCAUUAGCAGCUCAAAUUGCAAAGUGGAUCAGCAAGCAGCAGAAUCCCAACGGGGGCUUCUCCUCCACCCAGGACACAGUGGUGGCGCUCCAGGCCCUGUCCCAAUACGGAGCCUCCACCUAUGCCAAGAGCGGAGGAGCGUCCACAGUGACCCUGCAAUCCACAGGGAACUUUCAGACCCAGUUCCAGGUGGAUCACGAGAACCGUCUGCUGCUCCAGCGUGUGGCACUGCCAGAGGUGCCAGGGGACUACAGCACGGGGGUGACAGGAGAAGGAUGUGUCUACGUGCAGACCAGCCUGAGGUACAAUGUGCUCCCCAAGCCAGGCGAGGCGCCAUUCGCGCUGGAGGUGCACACAGUCCCCAAGACAUGUGACAGCCCCAGGGCCCAGAGGACCUUUGACAUCUCCAUAAACAUCAGUUACACAGGGAAACGCCCCGUCUCCAACAUGGUCAUCGUUGACGUUACGAUGCUGUCAGGAUUCAUCCCUGUGAAGACAUCAGUGAGGAAGGUGAGCAAUGUGACUCAGAGCUUCUCCUUCGCGGUGGAACAGGACUUCCCCGUGCAGAGCCUGAAGCCGGCACUGGUGAAAGUCUACGAUUACUACGAGACGG